AUGAUUAGAUUGUACCAUUCAGUUAUUCAACCUCCACAACAUGUCAAAUGUUGCACCGUUGGUAAAUUUACUGGUACAUCUAACCCUGAUUAUGACGAAAUUGCUGUUAGUUUAGGAACUUAUAUUUCAAUUUACGCCCAAAUACAAAUGGAGCAAGAUAUUAUGAAGCAAAUCGUUAAUGAACCAAUGUAUUCUCAUAUUUACAAUCUUGCAACACUUUCUCUCCCUAAAUCAGAAAAAGAUUAUUUGGUUGUUAUGUCAGAUGCGGCUAAUAUUGUUAUAUUCGAUUUACAUGGAUGCAAGUUCAAUGCAAUUGUAUCAUUACCAUAUGGAAGAACUGGUUUAAGAAGAAUGGAACCAGGUUAUUACUUAGCAGUAUCGCCUUGCGGCCGUGCUAUACUUGCAUCUGCUAUUGAAAAGUUCAAAUUAGCAUGGACAGUUACAAAGAACAACGAAAAUUUGCCUACAGUUUCAGCACCACUUGAAAAUUCACGUAAUAAAACGUUUGUUUACAGCACUGUUGCCUUAGAUGUCGGCUAUGAAGUUCCUAAAUUCGCUUGUAUCGAAGUUCACUUCAAACAACCACAAGAUGAACCAGAAAGAACAUUUAACCCUAAAACAGAACCGAAAUACCUUACAUUCUAUCAAUUAGAUACAAACAUCAACUUCUUAGUCCGCUGUGGCAAGAAAGAUGAUGAAAUUCCUUUACCUCCAACUUCAUCUCUUUUAGUUUCAGUUCCAGGACCUUUAUUUGACUAUCCAGGUGGUGUUUUAGUCUGUUCCACCGGCCACUUGCAGUAUUUCGACAACAACGGACAACUAAAAGACGAAUGUGAUUUACCUCAACGAGAAAACGAAGAAAACUCUAUAAUUAUUACAUCAGCAGUCUUUUGCAGUAGCAAUGGCUGGCUUAUUCUCUUACAAAACCAAUUUGGUGAUCUUUUAUUCACAAAAAUCCAGAAACAAUGUAAAAUUCAGAUCCAAUACUUCGAUACUGUCCAAAUUGCGACUUCUUUGACCAUUACGAACCAAGGUACUCUUUGUGUCUUCGGAGAAGAAUACUCCAACUCCUUCUAUUACAUCACAGAAAGUUGUGAAGACGUCGAAGAAGGUUUUGUUGAAAAAACAUUUUCUCCAAAUACAGAAAACACAAAAAUUGAGUAUUUCGAAGGUCACGAGAUCAAGAACAGACUGACGAAACUGAUCACUGCUCCUUCAUUUAGAGGCAGCCAACUUGGAGACAUCAUUUCUAUCCAUGGAUCAUUCAAUAAAUCAUCACUAAAAAUAACAAGAAAAGGAAUGCCAACAAAAGUUUUGAAGCCAAUAGAAAUCGGUGGCGGAUGCACAUUUGUUAAAGCUGUUAAGAAAGAUCCACUCAAUGAAUAUGAUACAUUCAUUUUCGUGUCAAAUGAAUCAACAACAAGAAUAUUCGAGUUCUUUGAGGAAACAAGAGAAUUAAAAGAUUCAAAAGAGUCACUUUUUGUAACCGAUAAAAAGACGAUAGAUGUAUUUUUCCUUCCUGCAUUCAACAACACGAGUUCCCUUGCUCAGAUCACGACGGAAGGAAUGCGAAUCAUCAAUGAUAAAGAGAAACACGACUGGAAAAGAGAUGAAUCAUCAAAAAUUAUAUGUGUAACCGCAAAUCCCUCUCAAAUUGCUAUCGUUUAUGAUGACAACCAGAUUGUCCUUUUCGAGACAGAUGAAACAAGCCUACCAAAGGAAGUAUCUUCAAAUAAGGUUAUGGAAAUAGCCGGCCAAAUAACUUCUAUCGCUUUGCCACAACCGCAAACAGGUGUCAGAUAUGUUGAGUGGUUAGCGGUUAGUGCGGUUAAUGACGGUUUGUCAAUUGUUUACAUUGUAAACAUUUCAAAAACGACAGAAAUGUGGUCGGUUAGUUCCAGACAAAUUUUAGACAAAACGGUUAUUUCUAUGAUGUUUCUUUUUGUUCCAGGAAUUGGAAAUAUUUUGCAUAUAGGACAUAACGAAGGUUUGUUGACAAGAACUAACCUGGAUGAUUCAAAUGGAAGCCUUGAUAACGCAACACUUAAAUUCCUUGGUAAUGCACCUGUUACGUUUUCAAGAUGUGAAGUGAAAAACCAAAACAGUAUUUUGAUAAAUUGUGCAUCACCAUGGUAUACGAAAGGAUUAAGUUUAGUACAGUUAUCAAGUAGUCCUUUUGUUUCUUGCUGCCAAUAUAAAGCACCUUUCUUUAUUGACGACAGUUUUAUCGGUUUGACAACAAACAACAUGGUUUUGUUUUACACACCUGAUAAGAACAUUUUGAUUGAUACACAAACAUUGGAUUUGGACAUGACUCCAAGACAAAUUGUUCAUAUUCCGAACACAAAAUUUGUUUGUGUUUUGAUGUCUGAUUUAAUUAAAGGAAAAUGGAAAUCACAAGCGAAACUUGUGAAUUAUGAUGAAUUAAUAUCAUCUGAACCACUCCAAUUAGAUGAUAAUUUGUUAGUUUCCGCAGCUUGUUACUUGGAAAAUUACAAUUUAGUUGCUGUUUGCGUAGCAAAGAAUUUGUCAUUUUUCCCAAAGAGAUGCGAUGGCGGCCAAGUUUUGCUUCUUGAUAUCGGAAGUGGAAUUCCUAAAGUUGUUCAAUCUACUGACUUCGAUGAUAUCCCUCAAGCGAUUGCUCCAUUUGGAGAAUACGUUAUACUUGGAGUUCAAGAAACAUUGAUGGUUUUGAAGGUUGGCAGAACAAAACUCCUCAAGAAAUGUUGUUCCAAAGCUUUCCCACAUUGUAUAAAUUACUUAAAAGCAUUUGGAACAAGAAUUAUUGCUGGAGAUGCAAUGGAAUCAUUCCAUUUCGUGAAAUUCGACAAAGAAGAAGAUAUUUUGUCAAUUUUCGCAGAUGACAUGGUUCCAAGACAUCCUUUAUCAGCAAUUGGCUUGGAUAGAAGCACUGUUUGUUGCGGGGACAAGUUUGGAUCGUUUUGCAUAUUGAGAUUGCCUCCUGAUAUUAAUGAUGACGCAGAAAUCGAUCCUUCUGAUGUUGGCCACGCAUUUGAAAACGAAAAAUUCCCAGGAGCAAAGAACAAAGUUGAAUUAUCAAAUAUGUAUCACAUUGGUUCGCCAAUUACAGGUUUAUGUCUCUCACAGGGUGACUUUGAAAAUACAUCAAUUGUUUAUGGAACUGUUGAUGGAGAAAUCGGAUUGUUCAUCCCUCUAAAGACUGAUACAGAUGCAAGAUUGUUUAGAUUGUUGGAAGAUGAAAUGAAGAAGUUAAUUAAGAGUCCUGUUGGAAGAUUUAUUGAACAAUUCAGAUCUUAUUAUACUCCUUUGAAAUGUGUGAAUGAUUCUAAUUUAUUGCUAUCUUAUAUUGAUUUGCCAACUAAUUUGCAGAAAGAAAUUGCAGAGAAAUUAAAAGUCAAACCAUUUGAUCUUUCUAGACUAUUGGCAAAGGUUGAUUCAUCUAUUUAA